CUCACUUCCUCCACCCAAAAAACUUGUCCAUGGCCGCUCCUCUGCUCCUCAGAGGCUUCCCUCUCCUGCGCCUUCGCCUCCACCACCAAGCUCGUCUCGCCGCUGGACUCCUUUCAGUACCUCGUCGUCCUUGCUGUGCAAAUUCCGAGUCGAUUGGUUCCGAAGAGGACGCAUCAGUUGCGGACAAAACUACCACAGAGCUGAGCUUCGGAGAACCACCGAAGGAUCAUAGAUGGAAUAGUCCUGAUUACAAGAAAUGGAAGGAUGAGGAGGAGCAGAUUCUUCGAGAUAUCGAACCUAUAAUAAUGCUCACUAGAGAGAUACUUCACUCUGAUCGGUAUGGCGACGGAGAAUCUUUGACGGCAGAAGACGAGAGAGCUGUGGUGGAGAAGCUUCUUUCUUAUCACCCACAUUCUGAAGAUAAAAUUGGUUGCGGACUUGAUUCUAUCAUGGUCGAUCAUCAUCCCCAAUUUAGAAGCUCAAGGUGUCUCUUUGUUGUCAGAACGGAUGGUGGCUGGAUUGAUUUCUCAUACAAAAAGUGUCUUCAAGCAUACAUUCGAGAUAAGUACCCAUCCUACGGAGAAAGAUUUAUUCAAAAACAUUUUAAACGUGGUAGUGGUUGAUCCAUGAAAACCUUGAUGCCACCACGAGUACUUAUCCAUGAUUUUUAAGUCUCUAGAGUGGUUUAAAUAUAUUAUUACUUGGGUAGGAAUUUGGUUUCCCCAUUCAUGGCAGUAAACCCAAUAUCUAUAGCCUGAAUCUGCUAUUGUCAAUAUUUUGGUUCAUCCUUGACUGGCAUUUCAAGUUUUGUUUGAAAAUAAGGCCAAAGAAAAUGAUUGAUAUGAAUCUGAACCUUGCUUUGUUGACUUACAUCUACUUUUUGUUUGGCCUUGUGUAUAAAGUUCGUUUUCAAGGAACAAUCUUUUCCAGAGAACCUUAGGACCAGAUUUUUUUAUAAAGUUUGUAAGAAUUUUCAGUCAUUUAUAUCCAGGCCACUUUUCUUCAAAGCUGUUAAGCACGGGAUGACUUAUACUGCAGCCACCUUGCACCACCACUAUGGUGGCGAAUAAAUGAUCAAGUGGGCGGUGGACCACUGAACCUGACUUCCCUUGACUGCCUUAACCAUUUAGGUCUUUCCCGCAUGAAAUAACUGAAAAUUUUAAUCCUCUUAAAUGAUUAUCAUUGAUUGAUGAUGGCUCACUAUGGGGACAAGCAUGAUGAUUAGACUGGGAAUAGGCGAAAGUGGACCCUUAGAAAGGGAGCCCACAACACAGCUGGAUGAAAAGGAAAUCCAGGGGGGGGCCCUGAGCUAGCCAGAGAGCAGGUAGCCAAGACAAUAGACACUGUUAUGUGGGGUUUUCGUGGUACAGAUCGGGGGCAAAAUAAUAUAUUUGGCUCCCAAGAAAAAAGAAUGAUGAUGGAGAUCUUGCCCCACUAGAAGGAUUGUGAAUUGUGAUCCUCGCCUGUUCCCUCAGCUGAACACUAUAGACUAUAUAGUAAGGGGUUUUGCUUUCUGAUCCUGAGGAUUAGUGUGGUAAGGAAACAGCAUAGACUGUAGUAACCUAGCAAAUCAUGAAAAUAUUGGAUUAAAUGGGUUUGAUGUUUGAGGUACACUUAUGCGGGAUGGCGUGGAGACCAACACAACCACCACCAUUACCUACCAUCUCCUUUCUCAUCCGCCAUUGAUUUCUGUCUCACCAGCUUGCACUUACACACUCCAUUUUCUUUACGUCCUCUCAACAGCUCUAGCCCUCGGGUAUCGAGCCCGUAAAGGAGAAACAGUAGGCUGUAGGCGCUGGUAAAAGAAAAAGAAAGGAAGAAAGCAACAUAUCAAUAUGGAUAAUGGAUUUCCAUUUCCAUUGCAUUUGCAUUUACGUAUACAUACAGGGGUGUAAAGAAUUUUUCUUAGAAAGCUUAAGACAAGCACAGUCACUCUCUUCUGUUCUUUCUUCCAUUAUUACAGAUUAGUGCAGCUGCAGACUGCAGUCACUGCACAAUGAAAUCUCUUUUUCGUACAAGGGAAGAGAGGAAUUGAGUUGUCCUGAUAGAGCAGUAAAUUUUUACAUGGGGAAGUGCUGCUUUCAAUAUUAUUUGUUCUUGUUAGUUGUUUUCAUUGUGUUUGUUUAACACAGGAUGAAACUGGUGAAAUGAAAAGAGAAAUAAUGACAUUGCAUUCCU